AUGCCCACUGAUCGUAGCUUGCAUCAGAUGGGAGAUAUCAAUCUUCACGAAAUCUUCCCUGUGGCUGAAUACCCUUUCCCCCCUGACGAUGUAAUAUUCGAAUACUCCGAUGCGAAAGUCAUAGCCGUGUAUAAAGACUAUAUCAUCACGUCCCCAAACGCGGACUUCGUGCCAGAGCCCUUUAUCUUUGAGAACGAAGAGGUCAAGGCCCGAGCAGACGGCCGCUUUGGCAUUGUCGACGCCUUCCAAUGGCCCCAGUUGUAUAGCGAGAAGUUUGAGUGGGCCAUGUGUAUUCCUCGCAAAGACCCUUUCUACGCGCAUGAACGCAGGUGGUUUGCUUGGGAGAACCUUCGGGAUGAAGACUUUCUUCGUUCCGCCCGCUACCCAACUAUGUACUCCCUUGGCCCAAACAAACAGCUAGGUGUCUCCGGUCUCGUCUCCCAAGCGAAGGAGGCCGUCACUGCGUGGAUGACAGAACGCAACAAGAAGGAGCAUUCGAUCACCAUCCCCCUACGAAUACUCGAAGGCGUCGUCACCCAGCUCCAGUCCCCUCAGCUUCACCGCGACAUCGUGAAACUGUACGCCGAGGCCCAGAGGCGCCACCUUGACAUCACCGCAUUCCUUGAUUAUGUCCGGUACGCAGAACCAAAGCUGCGAGUUCUCGACUUCUACCCUGCUCCUGUCACGGAGAAAUGGAUGGGAGCUUUUACCUCGGAUCCGAAUGUCUGCGAGCGCCUACACAUCGCAGGCAUUCCGGUAUGGUUCAUUCGAAUCAGGGCUCAGAUACCAUCCACCAUCAAGAUAAAGAAUCGCGUCCAAAUUGACCGUCCAGAUCACAUCGUACGGGAGAACUACUUCGACACACACGCACGUCUCGAGCCCUUCGAGCCCAUCUGCCCUCCCAUGCCAGCUUGCAACGAACGACUGAGGGUCCAGUUCACCGGCGUGUCAGCUUCCGACUUGUCCACGGUUCGCCAGAUGCAGGGCAGUCCCGCGCAAGGAGCUCCGGGUUUUGGCGGCGGGUCUGGCCGUUUUCAGGUCCAAGGCCGAAAGGCUGGUCUGAAGCAAGGUGCUCGUGAUACUUGGUCUGUCCUCAGCAACGAUUACACCCCGGAUGUGCCUAGCAUAUGGACGAACGCGCUCGACAGGGCCAAGUCCGCCAAGGGGCAACACGACGCUAAGCAGAAGAAGCAGGGUUUGCCUCCGAAAGCCCCGUUCGGACAUGUAGCGGCUGGUUAUCGUUUUCCGGAUCCCUGUGCACUUGUCACCCCUGUAGAACCGAAGCGCAAAACCACCUUUCUCGUCAAUUGGCUCAAUAUCCGGUCUCAGCGUCUUGAGGACGUCGACCUCAGUCCUUUCGUCGCCCAACCCAAUGGUCAGAACUGGCGGGACCUCCUCACCGGUGUAAUCUUAGAAGACCUGUCGCCAAAUCGUAUUAAGGAUCGGCAAGAACGUGCCUCGGGGCGGGAGCUCUUCGGGUCUGUGAUCACAUCCAUUGUCGAGUCAGGCGACUUUUGGUCGCACAGCCCCUCCCAGCUUUGGCAAGGCAUGGACGUGUCUCCCCGCUUUCUUAUACGGGAGAUAGACAUCGUCAAGAAAAUUGUCUGGGAGGUCGCCGAGUUCAACUUCCGGUUUGAACUCCUCGCUUUAGAUCACGCCAUGGCACGCCCCCUGUGGGUGAAGGACCCGGCUGCGCGCAAGCAAGCAGUGUGCGACGUUUUCCCUGAUGGAGGCUUGACUCGCGAAGGGCAGUGGCUCCCAGCGGGAGAGCAUGAAGUGGGGCUUAAUAGCCGAGAUCCUCAAACAGCUGCAACGGCUUGGGAGAGGUUCAGAGUUCUGCUGUCGGGAUGGCACGGCGCCAGUCAGACCAGGCCUAUCGAUGCCACCACACUCACCGACCUGUACCUUCAAGUCUCGCCGCUGGCCACCGACUACUGCUGGAGAUUUUUCCAACAGGCUGGCCGCGCUCCCAUCGUCCCGUUCGCGUUUCCUUUCUCCUGA